UCAAUGAAGUUUUCCUAUUAGAUGAGUUGGAAUACCUGCCACCAGAACCACUUCUUAGAACAAGUGGAUAUUCUUGGGAUUAUCAAAAAUCAGAUGAUUUGAGGGAACUAUUAAGAACUACCAUAACUGAAUACUACAAAAAUUACACAAAACAGCAACUGGAUAAAAUCACCACACCACUAUUUUUUAUGAUUGCUGGUGCAGGAGAAGGAAAAUCUAGGAAUGCAAAUGAGUUACCAAAUAUAUUGCAUGAAGAGUUUGCUUCCCAUGAAGAACUGAAAAAACGAUUUGAAAACGCAUUAAUAUUUAACAUCUCUUUUGAAAAUGUUACUAAAAUAGACCUAUCAGAAGAACAUAGUGCUGUAACUGCCAUUGCAAAACGAAUGCUUUUUCAGCUAGAAAAACACAAAGGUGGCUGGAUGGAAGCACUUCGAAAAUAUCCAGAUGUAUCGCCAGAUGGAGUAGUGUCAAAGAUUGCUAAACAUCAAAAUGUCCAACCCAAGGAUUUGACCAUCAUUAUUGUGAUUGAUGGGAUGCAAGCAGCAAUUCACCAGGAAGAUGAUGGAGUAAAUAAACCAUCACUAUUCUAUUCAUGUAUGACAGUUUUGAAUAACUUUGCUGCAUCAGGACCAUUUGUGAUAGGAUGUUGCACAGCAACGCUUAGCAGACCUUUUCAUGUUUUUGUGAGUGCUUCACAUCAAAAGCGAGUGUUUUUACCAAUACCAUCUUUAUCACCACCAAAGAGACAAGGAAUGCCUGUUUUUGUUAACAAUAAUCUUAUUGACAUGCUUGUUAGUGAUAUGGGAGGUCAUGGUCGGGCAUUAGAGGCACUAGAUGAAGCCCUUAAUGAUAAAGAUUUAGACAAAGUUAGCUUUCUAACCAUAAUGGAAGGUGUUUAUGCAAAAUUAUCAGAUCUUUACAAUGAGUGGAUUAACCAAACAUCUUAUUUGAAGCCAAUUCUUCGUAUAAUUCUAACACAAGUUAUAGUAGAAGCAAAUAAAGUUAUUCCAGGGACUAACUUAAAACCAGAAGACUUUUCAAAAUUGGGUCUAAUUAAGUUUGAAAAUGACAAAGGUAUGAAAAAUUGUGGAUGUCUAACCUGUCCAUAUAUAUGGCUUUGGCUUUUAUCAAAUGCAUCAGAGGACCCCACAUUGCAGAGCUGGAAUUUUAAAUACUACCAAGAAGUUCAACACAAUAAAGAUUUAUUAGUUUUUGAUCCUAAUCAACAUGUUGACUUGAAGGAAAUUCAUAGUGGAGCAUGGCAUAAUUUUGAAGACAUAAAGAUUAUAAACAAAGCCUUAACACUAGAGAAAACUACAUUAUGGACCAGUACAAAAUCAAGUAGUGGUACAAGGACAGUGCAAUGUGAAAAGGUUAAUGUACAAUUGGCAGAAGCAUCCCAUUGUAUUAUUAAUAAACCUAAUGCACCUUAUGGAGAUUGUUUUUGUCCCAUUUACAUUGCUAAUUCACAAAAUUUUUGCAUUGAGAGUCAUCAGUGUAAAUUGAUUAAAGCAUCUGCAGCAAUCAAUGAAUAA